AUGCUCUCUCUCUCUUCUCCUCUCUCUCUCUCUCUCUUUCUUUACACUCUCUCACAAACUUUUUUGUGUGCCUCUCUAACACACCCGCACAUUCAAAUCCGCACUUGUUUAUACACGUGUUUAAGCGGCAUCGCUGACAUACAAAAUUCCUUUUCUUUCUUUCUUUCUUUCUUUCUUUCUUUCUUUAUUAUCUAUUCUGAAAUGUUCCUUUUCUUUCUUUUUUCUUUCUUUCUUUCGUUCAUCUCUGUCUUUUUCAAUAAAAACCGUGAAAUUUUCACUUCUUCUUCUUCUCAUUCUCCUCCUUCCCUUCUUCCUCUUCUUCUUAUUAUUAAUCUCAUUCCCCUCCUUCCCUUCUUCUUCUUCUUCUUCUCAUUCUCCUCCUCCCCUUCUUUCUCUUCUUUUUAUUAUUAUUCUCAUUUCCCUCCUUCCCUUCUUCUUCUUCUUCUUCUUCUUCUCAUUCUCCUCUUCCCCUUCUUCCUCUUCUUCUUCUUAUUCUCAUUCCCCUCCUUCCUUCCUUCUUCUUCUUCUUCUUCUUCUUCUUCUUCUUCUUCUUCUUCUUAUUCUUAUUCUUCUUAUUCUCAUUCCCCUCCUUCCCUUCUUCUCCUUUUCUUCCUCUUCUUCUUCUUCUCAUUCUCCUCCUCCCCUUCUUCCUCUUCGUCUUAUUAUUAUUCUCAUUCUCCUCCUUCCCUUCUUCUUCUUCUUCUUCUUCUUCUUCUUCUCAUUCUCCUCCUCCCCUUCUUCCUCUUCUUCUUAUUAUUCAAAUUCCCCUCCUUCCCUUCUUCUCCUUUCCUUCUUCUUCUUCUUCUUCUUCUUCUUCUCAUUCUCCUCCUCCCCUUCUUCCUCUUCUUCUUAUUAUUAAUCUCAUUCCCCUCCUUCCCUUCUUCUUCUUCUUCUCAUUCUCCUCCUCCCCUUCAUUCUCUUCUUCUUAUUAUUACUCAUUUCCCUCCUUCCCUUCUUCUUCUUCUUCUUCUUCUUCUUCUUCUCAUUCUCCUCCUCCCCUUCUUCCUCUUCUUCUUAUUAUUAUUCUCAUUCUCCUCCUUCCCUUCUUCUUCUUCUUCUCAUUCUCCUCCUCCCCUUCUUUCUCUUCUUCUUAUUAUUAUUCUAAUUCCCCUCCUUCCCUUCUUCUUCUUCUUCUUCUUCUUCUUCUCCCCCAUCUUUGACAUUAAUCGUUUUCAUUUCUUUUUUUCUUCUUUUUGCUUCCAAUCAUCAUCAUUAUUCAUUCAUUUCAUCAUCUCUGAAAAGAUUGAUCACUAUUCACUGCUUUUAUUUUUUUUCUUUAAUUCAUAUUAUAUUUUUUCAAUCUCUCUCCUUAUGAUUUUUCUUCUUUUCAUAUUACAAAUUCUUCUGUUUCCUUCUUUAUACUUCAUUCCACGUCACAAUUUCUUCAUCUUAUUAUUUUAUUUUUUAUUUUUUACAUUACAACUUCUUCCUUCAAUUAUUCUUUUUGGCAUUAAUUCUUCUUCGUUUUCGUCACUUUACAAUUUUUUUUUUAUUUUUCUACUUCGCAUAUUACAAAUUCUUCUAUAUCAUUCUUCUCUUUAA